AUGCCCGUUGGCCAACAGGAAUCCGGCGUCACGUCCGGCGUUAAAUUCGUCACCUCGACCGUUGGAAACACUGUCGGUGGAGUCACAAAUACUGUUGGAGGAGUUGUCGGCGCACUGGGACGAGGUGUUGGCGAGACACUCGAAGGUGCUACGGGAAGCGCAGGACGACCGGUUGCCAGAGGUAUCGCAGAUGCCACUACCAGUGUCGAAGAUGGUGCAAAUAGGAUUGCAGGAGGCGUGAAGAGGGCCGGCGAAGGAAAGUAACUGAAGCAGCGCGAUUGCUAUAAUUGUCGAGGUUGAUCUCUCAAGAGAUGUCAGUUUUGAAUGGGUCAGGAAUUUCUACGAUCCAAAUAGGUGGAAUUAGUUAAUACGAAUGAUAUCCCUUUUCGAUUAUAAAUGAAUGAUCGUUGUAGUCUUUGUUGUUG